ACUCGCUCUUGUCAGCCGACCUGGCAUCGACUUUGUCUCCACUCUCACCCACUCUCACCCACUCUCACUCCUCCUCUCCGCUCCGUUCUCCUCGUUGUCCCGAGACCCUCCCGGCUCCACUCCCCCACCCGGCCCUCCCCACCUGUUCCUGCCAUUACAUCCCCCCGCAUCGCUUCUCGUUGCAUUCCUCUCCCUCCUCUCCUGCCCAUUCUACAUCCUACUCCCACAAUCUCUGCCACGAUUCCGUCUCCAUCGCACCCUCCACCACCAACCUCCCAUCUCAUGCCGCCCGAGAGGAGCGUUCCUAUCGGCACGCCGCGCGACACUGGUCGUCGGCAGUCGGUUGUCCGCAGCUCGCUCGAGCUCGUCUUCAGCUACUCGCGCUCUCAGCAACGCUUCUUCGCUGGCCUCCCUUCCGCCCCAUCCUUCGUCGACUCGCAUUGGGGUGAUGUCGCGACCGAUGACGACGUAGACGAGGACCGCGAGUGGGACACGGAGGCGGGCGGCUCAGGCUCGCGCUCGGGCUACAGCUCCGCAGACGAGGCCGAGCCCGCUGUCGAUAGCGCGAGCGAGACGUCGGCAUUUUUCCCCGACGAUCCCGUGCGCGCUGCCGCCGAGAGCCGCCGAGGAUCCCCCACGGACCUCACGAGCAUCCGCGAGCGGCGCAAAGAGGACGACGCGGCGCGCAGCUCGCGCGCCUUGCCCACCAAGCGCGGCGGCCUACUCCAGAUGUACGGCACCACGCCGACCGUGCCCCUCAGCAGUUCGGUGACGUCGAGCAGCGGGUCUGGAAACAGCAACAGCGCCGGCGCGACGCCGCGCGCAGGCGCCAAGCCGCUGCCAGAGGAUCCGCCGAGCCGGCGCGUCAGCGUACAGCGCGGAGUGGGCGUCGGGCACGCGCCGCCCUCCCACCACGCGCUCCCCAGUGAAACGACACCCCUCCUCCCUUCGCCGAGCAGGAAGAACUGGGCCCCCGAGCGCUUUUCAAUCGUUAGCUCGCCUGCGCGCUCCCGCCGCUCCAGCAUUGCCGGGCAACGCCGCGUCUCACGUCGCCCACCAGUGCACGUUGGUGAAAGCAGCGACGGCCAGACGCUCUUCAAUGCCACCGCUGUGCUUGUUGGUAUCGGCCUCCUCUCCAUGCCUCUCGCGUUCAGUUACGCCGGCUGGAUCGGCGGCACUAUCAUGCUCGUCGGCUUCUCGUACAUUACCUGCACGACGGCCAAGCUCCUCUCGCGCCUUAUCUUCGCUGACCACUCGUUGGUUGGCUACACUGACAUCGGCAAGGCGGCAUUUGGCCCCGCGGCCGGCGGAGCCAUCAACGUUCUCUUCUGUCUCGAGCUGUUCGCGAUCGGCGUCGCGCUCAUGGUCCUUCUGGGCGAUUCGCUGAACGCACUGUUCCCCUCCAUCUCAUCGGACAUGUGGAAGGUUAUCGGCCUGAUCGUGAUCCUCCCCACGACAUUCCUGCCGCUCUGGCUCCUUUCGUUCCCCUCCGUUCUUUCGACCUUCUGCACCGUGCUGCUGAUCGGCAUCGUCGUCUUUGACGGGUUGUGGAAGACGAACGCGCCGGGAUCUAUCAUUGAUCCGAUGCCGACGCACCUGGGCCCCGAGCUCGACGGCGCCAACUGGCUCGGCGGCGUGGGUCUCGUGCUCGCCGGAUUCGGCGGCCACGCCGUCAUCCCCAGCAUUGCGCGGGAUAUGAAGCACCCAGAAUCCGCCAACCGCGUGUUCAACAUUGCGUUCACGAUUGCAGGCGCCAUCGCGUUUGCAGCCGGCGCGACAGGCUACCUCAUGUUCGGCGACGAGGUGUCUGACCAGAUCACGCGCGACCUGAAGAACCCGUUCUUCGGCUACCCCAAGAUUCUCAACACGUUUGCCGUGUGGAUGAUUGUGUCCGCGCCGGUAUCCAAGUUUGGCCUUUGCUCACGCCCGCUAAACAUUGCCAUUGAGGGGUUUCUGGGCCUCGCACCCAACCCCGCCGUGCACCCGCCGCGCGACCGCCGCCGCUCGGUGGUGGAGCAGGUGUCGUCGUCGCUCGGCACGAGCUUCGCGGCCGCCGGUGCCUCCGACUACCUAACGGAUGACACGUACGAUGACCGCCCCAAGUCGCCCGUGACGCCGCUGUACGACCCGAACGCAACGCGCCGCGGCGAGGGGUGGAAGGGCAUUGCGCGCAUCGCGAGCCGCACAGUCAUCACCAUCGGGUGCACGCUGACGGCGAUCCUCUUGCCCGGUUUCGAAAAGGUCAUGGCAUUCCUUGGCUCGUUCAGCAGUUUCCUCAUCUGCAUCAUCCUCCCCCUCGGCUUCUACCUCCGCCUCAGCCCCAAGCUGCUCCAGCUCGACGUGACCGACUGGAACGUGCGCGUCACCCGCUGGAUCCAAGUGGGUGUGAUCGUGCUCAGCACGAUCAUGAUGUGUCUCGGGACGGCGUGGGCGUUCCUUCCCGGCUCGGGGCGCGCUGGCGACGAGUAGUAUCUUAGCAUCGUUCGUAUCCUUCUCGCGUAAUCUUUUAUGGUGGUCUCUGUAUGGUGUUCCGAUUUG